UGGAUGUGACGUAGCUUCCGGUCGCCGCCAACAGCGACAUCAGUCUUUUCGCGGUAAAAUGAAAUGAGCUUCUGGCGUUGAUCAGAUUUCUCCGGAGCUCUGACAGUGAGAGACAAUGGAACCAGUGAGCGCAGAGAGCUUAAAGACCGAGCUGGACAUUUUCGGUAUCCCCUGUCACGAUGAGUCGACCCUCGACAAGAUGGUGGAGCUGUGUAUUUGCAGCAGGAUACGGGCAUAUGAUAUGUUGCUGGAGUGGGUCGCCUACAGCAGCACGAAAAAUGGAGUAAAACUCGCCAUGGACACCCUGGAGCAAUUCAAGCAUGAGGUGUUGAACAAGAGGAAAUCCAAGCCAAGCUCCAGAAAAGAAGAAAGUCAUAACAGAACCAGAGAUAUUCACUCACUGCAGGACUUAAUCAAAGUUGAGGAAGAGGAAGACAUUCUUCUAGAUACCUACUCUACUCCUGCAAAGGGCUCUCAGAAACGAGCACUGACCACUCCUGAACAUCCUCAUUCAAAGAGGACUGCAGCUCUACUGACCAGCCCAGGGCUGCUGCUGUCUCCCGCCAGCUUCUCUCCCAGUGCAACUCCCUCACAGAAGUACAGCCAGCGAGGGGGGAAAGGGGAGGUGGUGGUCACGUUCGGGGCUGUGCAGGGCACCCGCUGGGUCGGCAGGAAGGCUCCAGGUGCAGGCAUCCAGCUGCAGCUGCUGGAAGGUUCUGAAGACUCCCUCCGCUGCAGCUACAAGUACAUGUUCCAAAGGCUGCGAGAUGUUCGAAAUGUGUUGACGGAAAAGAUCGAGGAGCUGGGAGAAAGCCUCAAAUCUCACUUCAGCAUCGAAGAGUUCUCUCCCGUCUCUUUGCCAGCGCAGGACAGUAUGACAGUGCUGGGACAGGUGUGCUGUGACAGUAACGGCAAACUGAACGCACAGUCGGUUCUGUUGGAGGCGGGACCAGAGCAAGGUGGUCAGCAAGUACCUGUUGACCUAUCAGAGCUCAAAGAGUACUCCCUGUUUCCUGGUCAGGUGGUGAUGAUGGAGGGGAUGAACACAACAGGAAGAAAACUGGUGGCUUCCAAACUGUAUCAGGGCGUCCCUCUUCCUUUCUACACUCCUGAGAUGAAAAUGGAGAUGGAUGAAGAACCGAUGAAUGUCCUUGUGGCUUGUGGACCGUUCACAACGUCUGACACGCUGACCUUUGACCCUCUGCUGGAUCUGAUCAGUAUCAUCAUCAGAGAUCGUCCUGAUGUCUGCCUACUGCUGGGCCCAUUUGUGGAUUCCAAACAUGAACAAAUUGAGAAAGCUCAGGUGACUGAGACGUUUGAGGCCAUUUUCAAAAGAUGUAUUGAAAGCAUUGUGGAUGGGACCAAAAGUGUUGGCUGUCAUCUGGUGUUCGUGCCCUCACAGAGAGACAUCCACCAUCAUUUCAUCUACCCACAGCCUCCCUUCACUCUACCAAACCUCAGCAAGGACCAGGCCCAGCGAGUCACCCUGGUCCCUGACCCCUGCACCCUCCUGAUCGAUGGUGUGACCUUUGGCUUGACAUCCACUGACAUCCUGUUCCACAUGGGCGCAGAGGAGAUCAGCUGUGGCACCGGUUCGGACAGAUUUUCCCGAAUACUGAAACACAUUCUGACGCAGAGGAGUUACUACCCGCUGUAUCCGCCUGUGGAGGAGGUCAACAUGGACUAUGAGAAGUUCCAGAGCUUCGGUCAGAUGCCGCUCACCCCCGACCUUCUCAUCAUUCCCUCUGAGCUGCGCUACUUUGUAAAGGAUGUGGUUGGCUGCGUCUGUGUCAAUCCUGGACGGCUAACAAAAGGCCAAGUGGGCGGGACCUACGGCAGGCUGAUGAUUCAACGCAACGCCACGUCAGAGGAUGAAAAAAGAGCGAGCCCCUGUUUGGCUGCUCAGGUGGUGAAAAUCUAACAAGACUUGUAAUUCUCACUGUCACCAGAAGUGACCUGACUUGAGCGGGACCAGUUUGUCAGCAGCUCUGUACGCUGCCCUCUGCAGGCUCUCUGAUGUAGAAUAUGUCAACUCUUGAACUGUUGAAACCACCUCACCCAGUUUAGUCAGUUUGAUAUGACCAACAUGUUGAGGGUGUGCACUGUUCUUUGGAUGGAAAGUGGGUUCAGUCUCUCUGCUACAGCAGAAAUAAUCUUUUCAAUAAAUUAUUGUCAACAUUUGUA